AUGGCCUCUGGCGAUGCUGAGAUGGCUGUUUUUGGGGAGGCAGCUCCUUACCUCCGAAAAUCAGAGAAGGAGAGAAUUGCAGCCCAGAACAAACCUUUUGAUGCCAAGUCAUCAGUCUUUGUGGUUCAUCCCAAAGAAUCCUUUGUGAAAGGGACAAUCACGAGCAGGGAAUCGGGAAAAGUCACUGUCAAGACUGAAGGGGGAGAGAAGUCCAGAGUCACUUUCCAGCUCAAGGCGGAAAGGAGCUACCACAUCUUUUAUCAGAUCAUGUCCAACAAGAAGCCAGAGCUAAUUGAAAUGCUCCUCAUCACCACCAACCCAUUUGACUUCCCUUUUGUGAGUCAAGGUGAGAUCACUGUCCCCAGCAUUGAUGACAAGGAGGAGUUGAUGGCAACAGAUAGUGCCAUUGACAUCUUGGGCUUCACUGCUGAUGAAAAGACAGCCAUCUACAAGCUGACAGGGGCUGUCAUGCACUAUGGGAACCUGAAAUUCAAGCAGAAACCAAGAGAGGAGCAAGCAGAGCCUGAAGGCACUGAAGUUGCUGACAAGGCUGCCUACCUGAUGGGUCUGAACUCAGCUGACAUGCUCAAGGCCCUCUGCUACCCCCGAGUCAAGGUGGGCAAUGAAUACGUGACCAAGGGCCAAACAGCACAGCAGGUGCACAAUGCUGUGGGUGCCUUGGCAAAGGCGCUUUAUGAGAGAAUGUUCCUGUGGAUGGUUGUUCGCAUCAAUGAACAGCUGGACACGAAGCAGCCCAGGCAGUACUUCAUUGGUGUGCUGGACAUUGCUGGCUUUGAGAUCUUUGAUUUCAAUAGCUUUGAACAGCUGUGCAUCAACUUCACCAAUGAGAAACUGCAACAGUUCUUCAACCACCACAUGUUCGUGCUGGAGCAGGAGGAGUACAAGAAGGAGGGCAUUGAAUGGACAUUCAUUGAUUUUGGGAUGGACCUGGCUGCCUGCAUUGAGCUCAUUGAGAAGCCCAUGGGCAUCUUCUCCAUCCUGGAAGAGGAGUGCAUGUUCCCCAAGGCAACUGACACCUCUUUCAAGAACAAGCUCUAUGACCAGCACCUGGGCAAGUCCAGCAACUUCCAGAAGCCAAAACCUACCAAAGGCAAGGUUGAGGCCCAUUUCUCCCUGGUGCACUAUGCUGGCACAGUGGAUUACAACAUCACAGGGUGGCUAGAGAAGAACAAGGACCCUCUGAAUGAAACUGUCAUUGGGCUGUACCAGAAAUCAUCUGUGAAGACCCUGGCUUUACUCUUUGCCAACUAUGGUGGAGCAGAUGCAGCUGAGGCUAGUGGUGGUGGUGGUGGCAAGAAGGGAGGCAAGAAGAAGGGUUCUUCCUUCCAGACUGUCUCAGCUCUUUUUCGGGAGAAUUUAAACAAGCUGAUGACCAACCUGAGAAGCACCCACCCCCAUUUUGUACGGUGCAUCAUUCCAAAUGAAACUAAAACACCUGGUGCCAUGGAGCACGAGCUGGUGCUGCACCAGCUGCGCUGUAACGGCGUGCUGGAAGGGAUCAGGAUUUGCAGGAAAGGGUUUCCCAACAGAGUCCUGUAUGCAGAUUUUAAACAGAGAUACAAAGUAUUAAAUGCCAGCGCUAUCCCAGAGGGACAGUUCAUUGACAGCAAGAAGGCAUGUGAGAAACUUCUUGGAUCGAUUGACAUAGACCAUACUCAAUACAAAUUUGGUCACACUAAGGUGUUCUUCAAAGCUGGGCUGGUAGGCCUUUUGGAAGAGAUGAGGGAUGAGAAGCUGGCACAGCUCAUCACCCGCACCCAGGCCAGGUGCAGGGGCUUCCUGGCGAGGACGGAGUACCAGAAAAUGGUGGAGAGAAGGGAAUCCAUCUUCUGCAUCCAGUACAACAUUCGUGCAUUCAUGAAUGUCAAACACUGGCCAUGGAUGAAGCUGUUCUUCAAGAUCAAGCCAUUGCUGAAGAGUGCAGAGUCUGAGAAGGAGAUGGCCAACAUGAAACAAGAAUUUGAGAAAACCAAGGAGGAGCUUGCAAAGUCUGAGGCAAAGCGGAAGGAGCUGGAAGAGAAAAUGGUGAAACUGGUGCAGGAGAAAAAUGACCUGCAGCUCCAGGUUCAGUCUGAAGCAGACGCUUUGGCUGAUGCUGAGGAAAGGUGCGACCAGCUCAUCAAAACCAAAAUCCAGCUGGAAGCCAAAGUCAAGGAGGUGACUGAAAGGGCAGAGGAUGAAGAGGAAAUCAAUGCUGAGCUGACAGCCAAGAAGAGGAAGCUGGAGGAUGAAUGUUCAGAGCUGAAGAAAGAUAUUGAUGACCUUGAGCUAACACUGGCCAAGGUGGAGAAGGAAAAACAUGCCACCGAAAACAAGGUAAAAAACCUGACUGAGGAGAUGGCAGCUUUGGAUGAGACCAUUGUGAAGCUGACAAAAGAGAAGAAAGCCCUCCAAGAGGCACAUCAGCAGACCCUGGAUGACCUGCAGGCAGAGGAAGACAAAGUCAAUACUCUGACCAAAGCCAAGACCAAGCUGGAACAGCAAGUGGAUGAUCUGGAAGGGUCCCUGGAGCAAGAGAAGAAACUGCGCAUGGACCUGGAGAGAGCAAAGAGGAAACUGGAAGGAGACCUGAAGCUGGCCCAGGACAGCAUCAUGGAUUUGGAGAAUGACAAGCAGCAGCUGGAUGAGAAACUGAAGAAGAAAGACUUUGAAAUCAGCCAGAUCCAGAGCAAGAUCGAGGAUGAGCAACUUCUAGGCAUACAAUUUCAGAAGAAGAUCAAGGAGCUGCAGGGCCCUUCCCAUUCUGCUCUGUGCCUGACCAUGCCAUUGAUCUUUGUUCCCACAGAGGAGAUUUCCGACCUCACGGAGCAGAUUGCGGAGGGAGGAAAGGCCAUUCAUGAGCUGGAGAAAGUGAAGAAGCAGAUUGAGCAGGAGAAAUCUGAAAUCCAGGCUGCACUGGAGGAAGCUGAGGCCUCCCUGGAACAUGAGGAGGGGAAGAUCCUGCGCCUGCAGCUUGAGCUCAACCAGGUGAAGGCUGAGAUUGACAGGAAGAUAGCAGAGAAGGACGAGGAGAUUGACCAGCUGAAGAGAAACCACCUGCGAGUUGUGGAGUCCUUGCAGAGCAGCUUGGAUGCUGAGAUCAGGAGCAGGAAUGAAGCCCUGAGACUGAAGAAGAAGAUGGAGGGAGACCUGAAUGAAAUGGAGAUCCAACUGAGUCAUGCUAACCGUGUGGCUGCAGAGGCACAGAAGAAUCUGAGAAAUACACAGGGAGUGCUCAAGGACACACAGAUCCAUCUGGAUGAUGCUCUCAGGACACAGGAUGACCUGAAGGAGCAGGUGGCCAUGGUGGAGCGCAGAGCAAACUUGCUGCAGGCUGAAAUUGAGGAGCUCCGGGCAGCCCUGGAGCAGACGGAGCGGUCGAGGAAAUUGGCUGAGCAGGAGCUUCUGGAUGCCACAGAACGUGUGCAGCUCCUGCACACCCAGAACACCAGCCUGAUCAACACCAAGAAGAAGCUGGAAACAGACAUUGCCCAGAUCCAGGGUGAAAUGGAGGAUACCAUCCAGGAAGCCCGCAAUGCUGAGGAGAAGGCCAAGAAGGCCAUCACAGAUGCAAAUCUGGAGAAGAUGUGCCGCACUCUGGAAGACCAGCUGAGCGAGUAUAAAACAAAGGAGGAGCAGAAUCAGCGUAUGAUUAGUGAUCUUAGUGCUCAAAGAGCUCGUCUGCAGACAGAAUCUGGUGAAUAUGGACGCCAGGUGGAAGAAAAAGAUGCUUUAAUUUCUCAGCUGUCUAGAGGAAAACAGGCUUUCACCCAGCAGAUUGAAGAACUGAAGCGGCAGCUAGAGGAGGAGGUCAAGGCAAAGAACGCCCUGGCCCACGCCCUGCAGUCUGCUCGCCAUGACUGUGACUUGCUCCGGGAACAAUAUGAGGAGGAGCAGGAGGCCAAGGGGGAGCUGCAGCGAGCCCUGUCCAAGGCCAACAGUGAAGUGGCCCAGUGGAGAACCAAAUACGAGACGGACGCGAUUCAGCGCACGGAGGAGCUCGAGGAGGCCAAGUAUGUGCGGGAGCUGGAAGGGGAGGUUGAUGCUGAGCAGAAGCGCAGCGCUGAAGCCGUGAAGGGCGUGCGCAAGUACGAGCGCAGGGUGAAGGAACUCACCUACCAGUCUGAGGAAGACAGGAAGAAUGUGCUGAGGCUGCAGGAUCUGGUGGACAAGCUGCAAAUGAAAGUGAAAUCUUACAAGAGACAAUCUGAGGAGGCUGAGCAGCUGUCCAAUGUGAACCUGUCCAAGUUCCGCAAGAUCCAGCACGAGCUGGAGGAGGCCGAGGAGCGGGCUGACAUUGCAGAGUCACAGGUCAACAAGCUCCGAGCCAAGAGCCGCGAGUUCCAUAGGAGGAUAGAAGAGGAAGAGUGAGCAUGUCACCAGGCAGCAAAGUGACCUGAGGGCUGCACAAAAUGUGAACCUCUUGGUCACUUUUCUUCUGCCAUGAGCCUUA